ACCGCUUCAUACAUACACUGUUGUUAGCGACGUAGCAACUACGGUCAAUUUCAUUUUUGACAUUUCCAUUUGCGACCACUUCUCAGAAGUUAACUUUUUUCAGUCACACCCAGGUUAAUGCACGAGUAGCGGCUUAGUGUUUGGGCUCCAUUACACGGUGUCAAGUUGUUGCUGGUGGCAGUCCUGCGAGCCCCUUUGAGUAUGUGUAUACAAUGAAGAGACGCGCGGAGGACCAGGAACCAGUAUUUGCGCCCCAGCAACAGCAAUCACGUCGUCCCCAAGUUCAAGGUAUUGCAGAGAACUUCCAGCACCGGGCCCUUGCCCCGGCCCCUACUGUGAUAGAGGCAACCGCAGACAACAUGCAGCCAUCCACCGGCAUCCAGUAUUCUCUCCCCCAGGGCUACCAGGUGCCUACAAUGCCUCAGAGCACAAGUGGACCUGGACACGGACAUGGACACAAUAAUACUGCACCACAUGUUGGUCCCCACGCACACAGUCUGACUGUUCAGUCACAGGGUCCUGCAGUGGUCCAAGGUCACGUUCAUCCACCCACGCCCAUAACCUCUACUCAAGGACAGCAGCAGUUUCAGCGACUGAAGGUUGAAGACGCCUUGUCCUAUCUGGAUCAAGUGAAGCUGCAGUUUGGGAAUCAGCCACAAGUUUAUAAUGAUUUUCUGGAUAUUAUGAAAGAGUUCAAGUCACAGAGCAUCGAUACUCCUGGAGUCAUCAACCGUGUGUCCCAGCUCUUCAAGGGCCACCCAGACCUCAUUAUGGGUUUUAACACUUUCUUGCCCCCCGGAUAUAAAAUUGAGGUUCAAACCAACGACCUAGUCAACGUGACCACGCCAGGUCAGAUCCACUACAUCACCCCUCAUGGUGUGUCUGUUCAGAACAUCCCUGCAAGUGGAGCAUCCAGCCUGCCUUCAAGCCAUCACCAGCACCAGAGUCUGCCACAGGCUGGCCCACACACUACCACUACCCCACCCAUCCCCACCCAACCUGCUCCAAGCAAAACCAGCAAGCCAAUUCAAUCACUAGCCCAUACACCCACCAGCCAGCCCAAUCCAUCCAUCCCAUCCUAUGCCUCACCACGCUCACCUUCGGUUCAGUCCCACACUCCUGUGAGCAGCACGCCAUCUGGCGGACCACCUCUCCAGAACAACCAGCCUGUGGAGUUCAAUCAUGCUAUAAACUAUGUCAACAAGAUCAAGAACCGCUUUCAGGGUCAGCCAGACAUCUACAAAGCCUUCCUGGAAAUCCUGCACACAUACCAGAAGGAACAAAGAAAUGCUAAAGAGGCAGGAGGUAACUACACUCCAGCACUGACUGAGCAGGAGGUCUACACGCAGGUGGCAAGGCUCUUCAAGAACCAGGAGGACCUGCUCUCAGAGUUCGGACAGUUCCUGCCUGACGCAAACAGCUCGGUGCUGCUGAGCAAGGCUACACCAGACAGGGCUGAGUCGGUGCGUAAUGACCACGGUGGGACAGUAAAGAGACCCCUGUUGAACAACAAACAAAGACUGAGCCAGAACGGCUUGCCGAUGAGAAGACCUGCAGGAGUGGGGGCCACACCGCCUGUCAAGAAGAAACCCAAAAUAAUGGGGAAGGACCACGGCAUGACUGAAGUCAGCAAACACAGCACCAGCACUGAAACUAUGUUCUUUGAGAAGGUGAAGAAAGCUCUUCGGAGCUCUGAGGCAUAUGACAACUUCCUGCGGUGUCUGCAUAUUUUCAACCAGGAAGUAAUUUCUCGUGCUGAGUUGGUCCAAUUAGUCAUCCCAUUCCUUGGAAAAUUCCCAGAGCUUUUUGCUUGGUUUAAAAACUUCCUGGGCUACCGAGAGUUUAGUCACGGGGAGCUGAGCCAUGCAGAGAGUUUACCCAAGGAGCGUGCAACAGAGGGCAUCGCCAUGGAGAUAGACUACGCUUCCUGCAAGAGGCUAGGAUUCAGCUAUAGAGCACUGCCGAAGAGCUACCAGCAGCCCAAGUGUACAGGAAGGACGCCUCUGUGCAGAGAGGUUCUGAAUGACACGUGGGUGUCGUUUCCAUCGUGGUCUGAGGAUUCGACAUUUGUGAGCUCCAAGAAGACUCAGUAUGAGGAGCACAUUUACAGAUGUGAGGAUGAGCGCUUCGAGCUGGAUGUUGUGUUGGAAACCAACCUUGCCACGAUACGGGCCCUGGAGACAGUGCAGCGGAGACUUUCACGGAUGUCAGCUGAGGAGCAGCUGCGCUUCAAGCUGGAUAACACAAUGGGCGGCUCCUCAGAGGUCAUUCACCGCAAAGCUAUCCAGAGGAUAUAUGGGGACAAAGCCCACGACAUCAUUGACGGGCUCAAGAAGAACCCAGCUGUGUCUGUCCCCAUAGUGCUGAAAAGGUUAAAAAUGAAGGAGGAGGAGUGGAGAGAAGCCCAGAGAGGCUUCAACAAAAUUUGGCGGGAGCAGAAUGAAAAGUAUUACUUAAAGUCACUUGACCAUCAAGGCAUCAACUUCAAGCAGAAUGACACCAAAGUGCUGCGCUCAAAGACCUUGCUCAAUGAAAUUGAGUUGCUGUAUGAUGAACGGCAGGAGCGAGCAUCAGAGGAAACACCACCCAGUGGCCCCCACAUGACCCUGACCUAUGAUGACAGCCAGAUCCUGGAAGACGCUGCUGCCCUCAUCAUCCACCACGUCAAAAGACAGGUGGGCAUCCAGAAAGAAGACAAGUACAAGAUCAAACAGAUCAUCCACCACUUCAUCCCUGAUCUGCUGUUUGCACGGCGAGGUGAGCUCUCCGAUGUAGAGGAGGAGGAGGAAGAGGAGGAAGAAGACAUGGAGACGGAUCAAGACGGCCCCAAAAAGCACAAUGGCCUGCCAGGCAGCAGCCCGUCAAAGUCAAAGCUCCUUUUCAGCAACACAGCAGCUCAGAAGCUGCGGGGCACAGAUGAUGCCUAUAACCUGUUCUUCGUGAACAACUACUGGUAUAUCUUCCUUCGUCUUCAUCACAUCCUCUGCUCUCGUUUGCUGCGUAUCUAUGGGCAAGCUGAGAAGCAGAUCGAAGAAGAUGCUCGUGAGCGAGAGUGGGAAAGAGAAGUGCUGGGGCUCAAAAGGGAGAAAAAUGAAAAUCCAGCAAUCCAACUGAAAAUGAAGGAGCCAAUGGAUGUUGAUGUAGAGGACUAUUACUCAGUGUUUCUGGAAAUGGUGCGCAACCUUUUGGAUGGAAACAUGGAGCCAGCUCAGUACGAGGACUCCCUGAGGGAAAUGUUUACUAUCCAUGCCUACAUUGCCUUCACCAUGGACAAACUCAUCCAGAGCAUUGUCCGGCAGCUCCAGCACCUUGUCACUGAUGAUGUGUGCGCACGUGUAACGGAAAUGUACCUGAGCGAAAGUGCCAAUAAAGCCACGGGGGGCACACUGUCCACGCAAACCUCCAGGUCCACAGCAGAGGGGGUCUACCAGCGCAAGGCAGAGCAGCUGAUGUCAGAUGAGAACUGCUUCAAGUUGAUGUUUGUAAAGAGCCGAGGAUCUGUCAGUCUGGCCAUGGAGCUGCUGGACACAGAAGAGGAGAAUUCUGAUGAGCCAGCAGAUGCAGAGAGGUGGUCAGACUACGUGAGCAGGUACCUGAACACAGAUUCUGCAUCCCCAGAGCUACGUGAACAUCUGGCCCAGAAACCAGUGUUCCUCCCCAGGAAUUUGAGACGGAUAAGGAAGUGCCAGAGAGGAUGGGAGCAGCUGCAACAGGAGAGAAUGACCAAGGCCCCGUCGGACAAGUCGCAGGACGGUAACAGUGAGCUGAAGAUGGAGUGCAUGUUCAAGCUCAACUCCUACAAGAUGGUCUAUGUCUGCAAGUCAGAAGACUAUAUGUACAGGCACACAGCACUCACACGGGCUCAUCAGUCCCACCAGCGGGUGAACACACGCCUGCACAGACGCUUUCACGCCUGGCUGGACACCUGGGCCAAAGAGCACGUGACCAGUGACAUGGCUGCCGACAGCCACAAGUGGCUGAUGGGAGAGGGACAAGAAGGCCUGUUGUCCUGCACCACCACUUGCAGCCCUGAGGUUCUCCAUUAUCUCAACGUAAACAAGUACCGGGUGAAGUACAGAACACUGUAGUCUCUCCAGUGUAAGGAUAAACUGUUGCAGUGACUGUCGUCACACAACAAACUGCCAUUGAUGACUUAUAAUACACAGUAGUUUCAUGCAGAUUUCUCCAACCUGCCAUUACUGGAUUCAGUUGCCAAAAUCUUUCGGGUUGUCAAUCCACAGUUCAAAUCGGAUGUAAAUUUUCCACUUUUUGCAAAUGUGGCGGAACUGAUUCGGGAACUUUGUCAUAACUUUCGAGUUAAUGCGGCAAAUUCUGCAGCUUAUGUGAAACAGAAGUUUUACAGGUGUUGCUGUCACUGUAUUGGAAAAACCCACCUGUCUCAGUAAUCCCAUUAUAAUGUUAAAUGCAGAUUUUUUUCAUGAAUUGAAUAUAAAGAGAAAACACUCCUUACUGCAUCUUCUCUUUGGAGCAAUUCACAGUCAACCAAAAAAAAAAAAAAAAAAACUAGGUAUGCAUUUCAUAACAAAAACUCAACAUUGAAAUAGGUGUUUUUUAGGACCACCUCAUCAUUUUACAGGAAAUAAAAACAAGCAACCUCAGCUUUUCUCUUUAGGUACCAAGAUUAAGUACCUGUUACCUCGAUUAAAAUGUAUGUACUCAGACUUGGAGCUCAACCUAGCUUCCAGCUGUAAACUUGUAUAGCCUGUGAAUGUUUUCCUUUUUGGUGGUGAAGGUGCAGUAGUGCACUAUAUAUAUAUAUAUAUAUCUAUAUAUAUAAAAACAUCUCUGGCAAUUGCUGGGUAGAUGCUUGGCAUCGGUGCAGUGCCAGCAGUGUGUAUCAAGUAUAAUAAUUUAUGACCGCCCAAACAUUUUGUGUAAAUAUGUUGUUUAUAUCUAGAUUUUUUUUUUUUUUUUUUUUUUUUUAAUCAAAUGUCAUUUAUGUGUAGCGUACAUUAACACACACGUAGUAUCAAUCUUUAGCUAGACGCCGCAGAGAAGUUUAUUAGGAAAAUGCUACAUUUUAACUGUUUUUUACCAAAGGAUGUUAAUUAGAGACUUUUUUCGUUCGUGUUCUGUCAGACGUGUCGUCCUUAAAGUCUUUAGUAGGAAAAACUGCCCAUUUUAUACGUGUUUUGAGCCCUCUCUGCAUUUCUACCUUCAGUCUUCAGUAUCAGUAUCACUCGUGGUUUUAAGAUGAUUGAAUGUAGCUGAGCAGCAAUUUCUCCUUUUGAAAGUACAAUAUAUGUCAGAUUCUCAAAGUGCUGAAAGUUUUAACAGCACUAUCAACUUUUUCUGGUAUUCAGACUUUACCAAAUGGUUAGAAUCUGAAUGACAGGUUCGGCGGUCUCUUAAUGUAACGCAUAUAAAAAAAAACGUACACAAGUCGAGUGUUCUUAUUUCUUAUGCGCAGUGUUGAGGAUGCACACUUACUGAUGUACAGGAGGUCUAUAUGUGAAUGUCAGCCAUGUGACUUGUGUACAGAUUAUGAAGAGUAAGAAAACAAGCGAGCAAUAAUUCCUUCAGUCGCAGUUUAACAAAGCUAUCAGUUUGUAUUUCUUGCUGAAAUACAAAUGUGAAUGUUGUAUUCCCUUAAAAGAGGGUUGUAAACUAAGGAUUUUUAGUAACCCUAACAUUAACAUUAGGAAAUCAGUCCAGUUAUUAUAAAAUUUUCACAUAUGGGUCACAACGUGGGCAGAAUGGAAACAAACACACUAAAAGCUCAGUGUAGAUGCGCAGAUUGGCAACGCUGCCUGGCAAAACGUCAUCCUUCAGCGUUCACCUGAACUCCAUGCAAGGCAAUGGUCAGUAACAUAACCAGCUGCAGACAAUCUUGUUUGUUACUUGGGUUUUUAUUUUUAUAACUAUACUGUGUUUAAUAUGGAAUACCAUAGGGGGUCCCGGGGGGCUGAUUGUACAUAAAGACAUCGUUUGUACCUCGUUCAAUGUGUCUCUUCUCUUGACUUUAAUGACGUUGUACAUGAGUGUUAGUAUGGUGUUUGGCAUUAAACUCUCGUUUGAAUA